CAACAAGUCAAUGAUGAAAUUGAGCUUCAACGAGAACACUUUAGGCGUCUUACUGUUGAGGUGGAAGAAAGAGGUCCUGAAGCAGUGAGACAAGCAAGAGAUGCCCUAUUCUAUGGGCUUCACCCAGCAGAGGACAAUGUGAGGGAACCGGAAGUGAAUGAGAAUCCGAGAGGACGGCCUCGAACAAGCACCAGUCGCAUUCGUUCAUAUUAUGAGCGGUCUCGUUCGAGGAGUACUGGGCCUGGUUCGAGUGGAGGCAGGGGGCGAUCGAGUGGAGGUAGAUCCCGAUCGAGUGGAGGUAGAUCCCGAUCGAGUGGAGGUGAAUCCGACGAGCAUGAUACAGAGUUUGUUCGACCUUUGCUGGUAGGCGAUUUCAACCCUAGUCCAGACGGCCAUUGUGGUUUUAGGGCACUUUCUCAUUGUAUUUAUGGGGAUGAUAGUCACUAUCUGCUCAUGAGAUCGGCG